AUGCACUUGAAAACAUUAUUUUUAUGGAUUCGUGCACAACUAUUGAAUUACAAUGUUUUUAUUCCUGAUGAUACGGACAGUGAACCAAAUCAUAUAACUCAAAGUAUCAAAUAUCAACUAUAUGCUACUCGACUAUACGUUCUCCUUCUCGUCAUAACUCUCUAUAUUCUUUUCUUUGCAACUUUGACUGACCAACAAACACGUCUGAACACUGUUUCAAAUGUAAAUUCAGCUCUUUUCGAUAAACUUCGUGCUGAUUAUGACGAAACACUUUCAUGUCCAUGUUCGACAAAUCUUAUACUAUAUGAUACUUUUGUUUCCAACACGAUCACAUUUCAUCCUAUAUGUUCGAGUUAUUUUGUCAGUAGAGAAUGGAUUGAUUUUCUCUAUUUAUCAGAUGUAUUCAAAUAUUUUAUGAUGGAUUUUCGAGCAACUGCCAGUUAUCAAUUUCAACUUCUCGCUGCACUCUGCUUAUUCUCUAUGCAGACAAUAUCGCAAACAAAAACCAAUAUUGCAAGUGAACAAUUCUUUUCGGUCGAUCUUCUCUCCGAACAAGAAGUUCAAGCUAAAAUUCAGACAAAUAUAGAUCUCAUUCGUAGCGGAAUACUUACUCAAGUUAAUUUAUAUUUUGAUUUUCUUCAAAUUUUUACUCGAUCGAAUUCUUUUAUCACGGCACUUAAUACCAAUACUUAUUUUGCCGAUUGGCGCACCAUGAAUGAUGCUACAAUAAUAGAUCGACUUUAUAUAUUAUAUGUGAAAUAUAUUGACCUUGAUGCUCCUAGUUCAUCUGAUAUUGUUUCAACUUGUGAUCUUAUCAAUGGGAUAGUUGUUCCAUCUGGAUUCCUUUCGUUUGCAGCAGAGAAUGGUCUUUACGAUAUCAUCUAUCGACAGUAUUGGCCUACAUAUCCGCCUGAUUUCGAACCAGAUAUAUCUGCAUUAGUUGACGGAUUCUUUAGCGGAUGUACUCCACUUGAUGGUAUUCUAGAAAGUACAUUCGAUUGUCUUUAUAAUCUUACUUGCCUGCAAGUUCUUGCUGAUUAUUUUCCUGGCCUGUACCGAGUAUAUAUUUCAUAUUCAGUUCUUGUUUAA